UCCGCUGAUGCCAGAGCGGGCUCCAGCCCGGCCGAGCCCCGCCGCAGCGCGCUCCCCCGAGAGCCCGGCCAGCAGCGCCUCCCCCCCGGCCGGCAGCGCUGCCCGCAGCCCGCAGCCGCUCUCCGGGCCAGCUGCGGAGUCACCGCACAGGACACGAACCUGCGGCGACAGCAGCAAAUGCGCCCGGCGAGAGGCGGCCGCCCCCGCUGGGCUUCUCCCGGGCUGGAGGCGAGCUCUGCCCCCGCCCAGGGCCAGCGGGCCCGGCCGCGGUGCCACGGGCUGGCCGGUCCCCACUGAUGCCACCUUGUCACCCGCGCUCGGAAAGCAUGCGGGGACACGGCUGCUGGCUGUACGGGGACACGGGGCUGGCAGGGGACAGCCGCUGCUGAGAAACACCCCAACUUUGUCAUCCCUCUGAUCUGCUGCCACCAGGUCCCCAUGAGGUCACUGCUGCUGCCGCUGCUGGUGCUGUGCAUGCCGCGGCUCCCAGGGACGCUGGCACAGGGCGAGGGAUGCAACCACACAGCCCAGGCAGGGCUGGAGGGCCAGGAUGCACGUGGUGAAAGAGGCACCCUCCUGAAUGUCAGUGUGAGUGACCAUGACCGCUCAGACUCCCUCCUCCUGUCUUGGGAUGAGCCAGAGGGAGGUGCCAGGGGGUAUUUCCUUGCCCUGUCCCCGCUGGGGUCAGGCAUGCUGCUGCAGAAUGCCUCUGCUGGACCCAACACCACCAGCUUCUGGUUCCAUGGGCUGACUCCUGGCACACGCUACGAGAUCGAGGUGACAGCCACGCUGGCCUGCAGGGACACCAGCAGCCAGACCAUCACAGCACAGACAAGUCCCUCAGCUGUCCUGAACCUGACUCUGAGCAGCAGCAGCUCCUCCUCUCUGCGUGCAGCCUGGGCACACGGGCACGGCCACAGGGAUGGCUACAGCCUGGCACUGUGGCACAGCCACUCCCAGAGCCUGCUGAGGAACGUGUCCCUCCUGCCCAGCACCUCCACCUUCCUCUUUGAGGGGCUCCAGGCGGGCAGUGAGUAUGCCCUGAAGGUCAGCACCCUGGCUGGGACCCGCCAGGCCAGCACCAGUGCCCACCAGUGGACAGCUCCCUCCAUCCCCACCCAGCUGAGGCUCAGCCCAGCUUCCAGCACCAGCCUCGUGGCCUCCUGGGCAGGGGCUGCAGGGGCUGCCUGGCUCCACCUGGAGCUCCACAACCUCCUCACCCAGAAGGUCAGCAUGAGCCUGUCAGCCAGGAGGGGCCUCAGCAGCUACACCUUCCAGCAUCUGCAUCCUGGCACUCACUACUGGCUGGGGCUCAGUGCCACAGCUGGGCCCUACACUGUCCUGGGACCCAAUGCCACUGCCUGGACAUACCCCCUGAGUCCUGACAAUGUGACCCUGAGCAGUGCAGAGGAGCAGAACUCCUUAGAGGCUCGCUGGAGUGUCCCAGGGGGACACAGGGACUUCUACCUGGUGACCCUGCAGGAGGGACAGGACAGUGCUCCAAGCAGGAACAUCUCCGUGGGUGGGGACAACGACCACGUCACCUUCCACGGGCUGAACCCUGGCCAGCAGUACUCUGUGCAGGUGGUGGCGGUGGCAGGGCCCUACAGGGCAUCAGCUCAGAGCUCAGCAGCCUGGACAGAACCACAAGCACCCUCUGGUGUGAGCCUGUCCAGCCAGGGCAGCCCCCACAGGCUGCUGGCCAGCUGGGAGGAGGCCCCAGGGGAGGGCUACCUGCUGCUCCUCAGCCUUGCAGAGCACCCUGUGCACAACAGCUCCUUGCCCAGGGGUGCCACGAGCUUCACCUACGAGGGCCUGCACCCUGGGAGCCUGUACAGCUUUGAGGUCAGCACCGUGGCUGGGCCCUACACAUCCUCACCCCAGUGCAUCUCCAACUGGACAUACCCUUUGGCCCCAGAGCAGCUGACCCUCAGCAAUGGGGGCCACAGCACCUCUCUGCAAGCCUCCUGGAGAGCAGCUUCCUCUGGCAGCACUGGCUACACAGGCACCCUCUGGGAAACCAAAUCCCAGGAGCAGGUCAGGAAUGUGACUGUGGGGAGUGACUGGACCAAUGUCACCUUGGAGAACCUGGUCCCUGGGCGGCAGUACACGCUGGAGAUGGCUGCUGUGGCUGGGCCUUACAGAUCCCCUGUGAGAUCAGCCACUGACUGGACAUACCCCCUGGCUCCAUCUGGAGUGACUCUGACCAACACCCGGCGCCCAAUGGGGCUCUCUGCCUUCUGGGACAAGGCUGCUGGGGAUGUGGACCAGUUCCACCUCCAGCUGUACAGCAAGAGCCAUGCAGCACAGAGAAACACCUCAGUGGGGCCAAACACCCACAACUUCACAUUCCUGGGGCUGUCCCCUGGCACUCAGUACUUCCUGAAGGUGACUGUCCUCGCUGGCCCAUACAGAUCCUCGUCACACUUUGCCACUGAGUGGACAUAUCCCCUGUCCCUGGCCAACGUGAGUGUGCAGCCUGGCCGGGAGCCCCAGGAGCUGCGCGUGAGCUGGGUGGAGUCCGGAGGUGGCAGAGAUCACUUGGUGCAGCUCUCAGUGGCCGAGUCGCUGUCCAUCAUCAGGAAUGUGUCAGUGCCCCGUGGAGUGACCCAGCUGGCCCUGCAGGGGCUGGUGCCAGGCUCCAGGUACCGCGUGGAGAUCAUUUCCCAGGCCGGGCCUCACCGCAUCUCCUCUCAGACUGCCAUCGGCUACACCGUCCCCCUGGCUCCUCGUGCCCUGUCUGCCAGCCCUGCCAGCACAGCCCAGGCUCUGGCUGUGCACUGGGAGGCUGCUGCUGGCCACAGGGAUGGAUACCUGCUCAGCCUGCUCCAGGAGGGCUCCUCUGCACAGCCAAGGAACCUGGAAGCAGGGAAGGACAGCACCAACGUCACUGUGGCACAGCUGGAAGCAGGGACAUGCUACCUUGUGAGGAUGUGGGCAGUGGCUGGGCCCUACCGCUCUCUCCCCGAGAACACCACCGGCUGCACAGUUCCUGCUGCACCUACAAACCUGAGCCUUACCAACCCAGGCAGCUCCUCAGAGCUUUACACAUCCUGGAACGAGCCCCCAGGCAGGAGGGACCACUACCAUGUUACCCUGUACAGCCUCAGCACCCAGAGCAGGAUUCAGGUCCAGACCUUGAGUCCAGAUGCCCUGAACACCAGCUGGACUCAGCUGGAAGCAGGCAGCAAGUUUGCUGUGCAGGUCACUGCUGUGAAAGGCUCCUUAGAAGCCUCUUCCAUCAAUGUCACCCAAUGGACAUAUCCCCUGGCCCCUGUGAACCUCACCCUGAGCAGCCCCUCAGCCUCAGCCCUGGUGGUGACCUGGGCAGUGCUGGGCCGAGGGGCAGAAGGCUUCGUGGUGGAUGCCCAUGAGACAGCAUCUGGCACUCCUGUGGGGCACACACUGCUGGGUGGCCAUGCCAGGAGCCACAUCCUGAGGAAACUGAGCCCUGGCACCCGGUACAGCGUGGCAGUGAGGGCCACAGCUGGGCCCUUCCACGCCAGCACCCCCAACCUCACCCACUGCACAUCCCCGCUGCCCCCGGCCGCCGUGCGCCUGCUGAGCCCGGGGCACCCCGACAGGCUGAGCGUGGCCUGGGGGGCCCCAGCUGGGGGCAGGGAUGGAUACAGCCUGACCCUGUACCGGGCAGCCCUGGGCACUGUGGCAGCCACAGCCUCGCUGGGCAGGGACAGCCACAACUUCACCUUCACGGGGCUGGCACCAGGACACCAGUACUCGCUGGAGGUCACUGCCACAGCAGGACAGUACCAGGCAGCAGCACCCAAAAUCAGUGCCUGGACAUCCCCGCUGCCCCCGGCCGCCGUGCGCCUGCUGAGCCCGGGGCACCCCGACAGGCUGAGCGUGGCCUGGGGGGCCCCAGCUGGGGGCAGGGAUGGAUACAGCCUGACCCUGUACCGGGCAGCCCUGGGCACUGUGGCAGCCACAGCAUCGCUGGACAGGGACAGCCACAACUUCACCUUCACGGGGCUGGCACCAGGCAGCAAAUACCUGCUGGAGGUGGCAUCGGUGGCUGGCUCCUUCAGGGCACCUGCAGGGAAUGUCAGCAACUGGACGUACCCCGUGGCACCCCGCAAUGUGUACAUGACCAACCAGGGCUACCCCAACAGGCUGAGUGCGUCCUGGAGAGCUGAGCCCCAGGGACAGGAGGGUUACAGGCUCCUCCUGUACCACUCAGGCUCAGGCACUGUGGCAGCCAACGUCUCUGUUGGGAAAGGCACCAGCAAAUUCACCUUCUCUGGCCUGGCUCCAGGACACAAAUACCUGCUGGAGGUGGUGUCUGUGGCAGGGCCCUACGCAGCCUCGGCAGGGAACAUCAGUGACUGGACAACCCCCUCAGUUCCCCAGAAUCUCUCGGCGGUGGCUGAAGGGAACAGCUCCAUGCUCAUCUCCUGGGGCAGUGUCCCUGGCCAGCAGGACGAGUGCCAGCUGUGGCUGCGGGACCCCCGGAACAGCUCCCUGCCCUGGAGGCACUCCCUGGCCAGGGGACAAGGCCAGCACCUCCUGCAGGGGCUGAUCCCAGGCAGGAACUACUCUGUGUCCUUGAGCUGCGUGGCUGGGCCCUACUGGAGCAGCACCAAGCCCUUGGCAGUGCCCGUGGAGCCAGAUCCAGUGAAGGAUGUGCAGUGCCUACCAGAGUCAAGGAGCCUUUACUUGAACUGGACGAGCUCUCCUGGAGAUGUGAAGGCUUAUGAGGUGGUGACAGAGAGACUUUCUGAAGGACCCGCCACCUCCAGGCUCACCAUGAUCAUCCCUUCGAGCGAGGCCAGUCUGGAGGGGCUGGAGCCAAACUCCUCCUACCAAAUCCUUGUGAGCACCGUGGGCAUGAACACCCUGAGGAGCCAGGCUGUGGCUCUGCUCUGCAGCACAGCAGUGGAGCCUCUGCCCCCUCCCCUGCGUGCAGAGGUGUUCCCAGUGGAGGCCAGCUCCACAGUGAUCAUCUCCCCCGAGCUGUUCAGCGAGGAGAACGGCCAGAUCGAGUACUACGGUGUCAUUGCCACCACCAACGACUCCCUGCUGAGGCCCACCCAGGAGAUCAUGUCCAGCACGUGGUACGAUCACUACUAUGGCACAGAGGACUCCUACCUGGCAGUGCUCCUUCCCAACCCCUUCCAUCAGAGGAGCUCCCCCAACACCUGGAGGGUGCCUGUGGGGACAGAGGAGUGUGGCCACUCCAGGGCCACCUGCAAUGGGAAGCUGAAAGCCAACGAGCAGUACAGGUUCAGCAUUGCUGCCUUCACCAAAUAUGACCCAGUGGCCCCUGCUGUGACAUUCACCAUGUUCUCAGCUGCUGGAUCCAGUGCAGACACAGCUCCACUCUCAAUGCCAAUAAUUGCAGGAAUCAUUGUGGGGUUUCUUCUGACACUUGCAGCUGUUUUUGCUUUGGUUUACUGGAAACAGCUCAAAGCAAGGAGAACCAAGAAGAGCAGCCCACCCCAGGAGAUGGUGACCUACAGCCUGAGGAACGUCCACCGGCCAGUGCCCCUGCAGAACUUCAAGCAGUACUAUGAGAUGAAGACAGCAAAUGCUAAUCAUGCUUUUUUCCAGGAGUUUGAGGAGCUGAAGGAAGUUGGGAAGGAGCAGUCCAAGGUGGAGGCUGAGCUGCCAGCAAAUGUCUCCAAGAACAGAUACCCCCAUGUGUUACCCUAUGAUCACUCUCGGGUCAAGCUGAGCCAGCUGGGGCAGGAUCCUCACUCAGACUACAUCAAUGCCAACUUCAUGCCAGGCUACACAUCCCAGCAAGAGUUCAUUGCCACCCAGGGGCCCCUGAAGAAAACCAUCGAGGAUUUCUGGAGGCUGGUGUGGGAGCAGAAUGUCUGCAACAUCAUCAUGCUGACCGUGUGCAUGGAGAACGGGAGGGUGCUGUGUGACCAUUACUGGCCAUCAGAGUCUGCCCCAGUGUCCUAUGGGCAGGUGAGGGUGCACCUGCUGAUGCAGAGCAGCUCUGAGGAGUGGACAGUGCGGGAGUUCAAGCUGUGGCACGAGGCUCUGGGGGCAGAGCGCUUCGUGUCCCACCUGCACUACACAGCGUGGCCCGACCACGGCAUCCCCGAGUCCACCUCGUCCAUCAUGGCCUUCAGGGAGCUGGUCCAGGAACACAUCCAGAGCACCAAGGAUGCAGGGCCCACCCUGGUGCACUGCAGUGCUGGCGUGGGGCGCACGGGCACCUUCAUUGCCCUGGACCGGCUGUUGCAGCAGAUGAGGCAGGAGAAGGUGGUGGACAUCUUUGGUGUGGUGUACUCCCUGAGGAUGAACCGGUACCAGAUGAUUCAGACCCUGUCCCAGUACAUCUUCCUGCACAGCUGCAUUCUGGACAAGAUCUUGGAGGAGCCUCUCCUGGAUUUAUCGGGGACACAGAGGUCCUGCCCCAUCCCUCUGAAGAGCUUUGCCCAGCACUGUGCCCAGAAGGCAGCCAAGUCCCACAUGGGCUUCCUGAGGGAGUAUGAGGCUCUCCUGGAGGUUGUCAAGGAAGAAGCCAGCUCUGCAUCUCCAUCUUCAGGCAGCCAGCAGGCACGGCCCUCCUCCAGCAUCCUGCCCUAUGAUCGCUCCAGGGUGAAGUUCUCCCUGCUGGAGCAGGGCCCUCUCUCAGGACUGCUGCAGGUCUGGCGUGUCCCGGGCUGCAGCUCCAGCAGGGACUACCUGGCUGUCCAUGGCCCUGACAAGCUGACCAUGGAGGACUUCUGGACCCUGGUGUGGGAGCAGGAUGUUCACACAAUGCUCACACUUCUGCCAUGGCAGGAGAAGGGGGAGGUCCCAGGUGAGGAGUGCUGGCCCCUGGAAGGAGACUCUCUCUGCACAAGGACCCUGACCAUCCAGUGUGACACAGAGAAGCUUGUCUCAGGAUGGAGAUGCACCCAGCUCAAACUGAAACACGAGAAGAAGGCCAAGGAGAGGCAGGUGCAGAGGUUCCUGUACACGCUGUGGAGCAGCAAGAAGCAGCCUGAUGUGCAGAGCCUGGUGGAGCUGCUGGGGGCUGUCAGGAGGGGCUGCCCCCCCCGCAGGAGAGGGGGUCCUGUCCUGCUGCACUGCAGUGGUGACAUGAGCCAGAUGGGCACCCUGAUCUCCCUGGACUGCCUGUUGCACCAGAUGAAAGCUGAGAGAACCGUGGACAUCUACGGUGUGAGCCUCCAGCUGGCCAGGAGCUGCUGCCUCCUGACCCCCACUCUGGACCAGUACAUCUUCCUGCACAGCUGCAUCCAGGACAUCCUGGCUCAGAACCAGCCCUGACACCCCCUGACCCUUCUGGCACCUUCUGCCUGCUCCUGUACAGAGCUGGGGGCACCGUGGGACCCCUGGCACAGAGGAGGAGCAUUGCCCUCCCUGCCUGGGCAGUGUCCCCAGCGUGGUGCCAGCUGUGACUCCUGGACACACGGACAGUGUCCUGGGACACACGGACAGUGUCCUGCCAUAUCCCACUGCACACACAGCGAGGGGCUGGGCAGGAUCCUCUCCUCUUCUGGAGCUCCCCUGAGAUUUCUGGUGCCUGGAGGGCUCUGUGCCUGCUCAGUGCUCACUGUGGGGCUCUGUGGUGCCCCUGAGCUCAGCACCAGUGUGGGGCACCGUGGGCUGCAGUGCCCCUGGGCUCUGCUGUGGGCACAGCCCUGGGGGAGCUGCCUUGUCUCAGCUGGAAUGCUCUUAGGUACAAACAAUAAAGAGCCCUAGGAAAGUGUAUGCUUGUAAGGGGGGUUGGCUUUUGAUGGCUCCAGCUGAUGUGAAGGCUCCAGUACAGCAGAUGUCCCCAAAAGAGCAGCUCUGUCCCCAUCCAUGGGUCACUGCAGUGUCCCUUGGCACUCCAGAUGCUGCAGUCCAUGGCUCACCAUCUUCUGCUCACUCUCUCUGCUCCUUCCCCUGAGGCAACACUUGUGCAGGGAAUGUCCAGCCCAGCCAGGCACAUUUCCAGGGCUCAGAGUUGUGAACCUGCCCAAGGAUCAGGGCAGAGCCCCUGGUUCAGCUGCACACUGGCAACCUCAGCAGUGCUGCUGCUCUGGGCUGUCCAUGCAGGGACGUGGCUGCUCUGCAAGCAGGGCUGGCCAUGCACAAGCUGAAAUCACAAGAAGCAACUCAGUUCACUGAGCUGCAAGUGCAGGACAGAAAGAAGAGUUAAAAAAAAGAAGAUGGUUUCACAAGCAUGUUCCUCAUGUAGAAAAAAAUGUACUUGGGACCCUGUGUGCCCUUCUGCUCCCCUUCAGGCAGGGUGGGGUUGUGGUGCAGCCUCAAAGCAGAGACCCUGCUCCAGUGUGGCCCAAAAUCCUGCCCAUUAUUCCAUGUCCUGUCUUGGGCUGGGGUGAGGAGGUAUAGCAGGUUUGAUAAGGGGCUCCCAAGAGCUGGCAUGAGCAGCAGAGAGCCCCAGGUGGGUGACUGAGCUGGCCACUCCUCCUAACGCCCCUGUGAUUGCAGUAGAACUUUCUCCUUCUUCCACAACAAGGAUCUGCCCCAGGAUGGGACACCCAGGGCACCUCAGCAUCAGCCAUGCCAGCUCUGGGAUGAGGCUCUUCUGCGGCUGGGAAUCCUUUUUCCCUCUCUCCUAAAUCAGGUUUCCUCCUGCUCCCACCACAGGGACACAGGACAAAUUCUGGGUCACCCCUGCACACAGGACACAGUGAGCUUCUACUCUAAACCAAUCUAAAAUUUGCACACAGGACAAAUUCUGUGUCAACAGUGCACAUGGGACACCUUCCUGUGUCCCUGCACACAGGACUUGAAGGUCUCUGAGCCCCCUGGCAGGGGCUGGAGCCCUCCAGGGCAGCCAGAGGGAUUUCCUGGGCUCUGACAGGUUUGACUUUGCAGCUGGCUUGAUGACACAUCCAGUGUGCCCUGGAGUGUCCUCCCGUGGUGGCACAGACACACAGGGCAGGUGCUGCUGCUGCAAAGCCCAGUGCCACAGUGCCACUUAUCCUGGCUGUGGAAACAAACAUUUCCCUCCUGUGCCCCUCAUCCUGCAGCCCCAGUGUGCUUUAGGACUCACUGGUUACAUAAAAGCCACAAAGCCAUCAGGCUCCCUGUGAGCUGGGCUCCUCCCAAGGCAACAUCAUAAAUCCUUCUGUGCACAUGAGAGCAUCCACUGAGCUUCACAAGGCUUUUCAUGUUGGGAGUGUUCACUGAUCCUCCUGAGAGCCCCUGGCAUGCUGGCACCUCCCCAGGACAGCAGAGUCACUGGAUGGGCACUGGUGCAGGCUGAGAGCAGGGACAGGGCACAGCACACUUGGCUGAGCCUGGCACAAGGAUGGGGGGACACAGAAACAUUUCCAAACAGCAACUGCAGCCAGAACAAGGCAGCUCAGGAGGGCUGAGGGUGCCCAUGGGCCGCCCAGGAUGGUCUGGGCUGUGCUGAGGGCAGCAGUGCCCACACAGCCUGGCCAGGGUGGGAGCAAAUCCAGCCCUCCAUAGGGCUGAGGCUCUGCUCCACCUGGGAUCCCCCAGGCCAGGAGUGCUGCAGCCUGGAGCUGGGAGAGGGACAGGGGCUGAGCAGCCCUGCCUGCAGCACUGAAGGUGUCCUGUGUGCAGGGAAUGUCCUGUGUGCAGGGAAUGUCCUGUGUGCAGGGUGGCAGAGGUGUCCUGUGUCAAGGGGUGACACAGAGGGUGUCCUGUGCCUUUGAUUUAGCCCUUGGAAAAAACAAUUACCAACCUUUAUAUGAAGGAUUACAAGCCACAAAAGUUUAAGCAGAAUGAUAGUGAAUUUAUCAUAGGUUGAAAAGUAGAUUUUUGGGGUUUUUAGAAUGGGGGUUCAGGGGGCAAGAUGGAGGGAACUGGGCAUGUCCAGCCUUUCUCCUUCUCUUGGCCUCCAUCUUCUGCUCUGAUGGUGGCACUUUUAGAUUGGUUUAGAGUAGAAGCUCACUGUCUAACAUAGGUGAUAGGUAUUGGGAAGUAAUUGUAAAUAUUGUAAAUGUCGUUUUUAGUAUAAAAAGAUAACACUGCCCUGGGGACAGGCAGAGUGCCUUUGUCUGUCCUGCUGAGUGGACCUCAGCUGGACAGGAGAAAGAAUUUUAUAGAUAAGAUACAAUAAACAAC